AUGGCCAGCGGGAAUUUUCGGUCAUAUUUGCGGCUGGUGCGCGGCUUCUUUGGCGAAUUUCAAUCUGUGCUGCGCCAGAAAUCGCAGCCGCCACGCCUCGCCUUGCACUAUCAUCGUGCGUUUAUGGUUUUGCUGUGCAUCUAUCCCAAUCGCUGCCUGUUGGCCAAUUCCACUUACAAGCACUGCAAUCUCUUUGCAUUGGGUAAUCUGAGCGUGUUUCUGCUAACGGUUAUCGUCGCCGUACACGAGUCCACCAAUGUCAUCGACAUGGGUGACGACAUCGUCUGGAUAAUUGGGAUAACCCUCGUACUGACCAAGGUCUUUAACGUUUAUUUGCGCGCCAAUGAAAUUGAUGAAGUGAUUGAGGAUCUCAAUUACUAUGAGGAAAUCUUUAAAUCAGAUAACGAUUUGACAUUUGGCGGCUUGCAGCUGGCUGAGCAUGAGCUGGAGAAUGCGGAAGUUCAGCGCUGGCAGCGCUUUUGCUAUCUGGCCGAGACGAUCAUGCUCAUCAAUAUGACGGCCUUCAUGUUGCUCUUCAAUUUUGCAAUUGGCGUACAGCCUCUGAUGACCGGCCGAGUGCUGCCCUACCAUGUGAUCUUGCCCUUUGGCUGGCACCACGCCGUAGAGCAUCCGCACUGGCAUACGUUCAUCUAUGUCUGGCAGUAUAUCACCUCGCAGUUCAAUCUAUUGUCCAUCUGCAACAUUGAUCUGCUGGGCAUACACUCGUUUCUCCACACGGCUCUCAAUCUGAAGAUCGUAUGCAUUGAGUUGCGCAAGUUGGGUCAAGUUGGGCAGCUCGACGACGACCUGUUCCAUGUGCAAUUCCGCAAGAUUGUUCAGUUCCAUCAGCAUAUAAUACGAACUGUGCAGAAGAACAAUCGGGUGUUCCGCGGCUCCUUCAUAGCCCAGAUGAUAGCCAGCUUUGGCAUGAUUUCGAUGUCCACCUUUGAGACCAUGGCCGCCACUCAGGAACCCAAGGUGGCGGCCAAGUUCAUCCUCUGCAUGCUGGUCACAUUCGUCCAGCUCUCCUACUGGUGUCUGGCUGGCACCCUGGUCUACAGUCAGUCCCUGGAUGUGGCCCAGGCUGCGUUUGAUCUCAAGGACUGGCACACCAAGUCUAUUGUUAUCCAGCGCAAUAUUCUGUUCAUGAUCAGGCGUUGCCAGAGACCGCUCGUCUAUGCGGGCAGCCCAUUUCCGCCCUUCACGCUGGCCACCUACUCUAUCAUACUCAAGCAGUGCUACAGAGUCUUGGCUUUGCUGCGCGAAUCUAUGUAGGAUUUCAUAUAAUUCCCCGGUUUUCAUGUUCUGGUCAAAGUUUAUCUCGAAGUUAAAUAACCAAAAUACAGAGUCUAGGCUUUGCUGCGCGAAUCGAUGUAGAAUUCAAUA